ACAACCAUUUGAGUUUAAUAACAAUCACAUGGUAAACUUAGUUAAGAUCAGUGCGCUUCCGCUUGACAUCCUAAACGGCUUCUCUCACCGUGACCUUAUCUUUCUUGAAUCAAAAAGCUCACGUUACUCCAAUUCCAGAAUGAUUUGUGUUUAGCUAGAAAGCCUAAACUAUAUCGGUACCGGAGAAAGAAGUCAAGUACAACGCCAUUAAACAUAGUCUAAAAAAAUAUAACAAGUAUUGGACUCUCUCAAAUUGUGUGAUUCGAGCACCGAACACAUUUGGAUUGGUUUAGUAUUAUCAUCUCCACUCUAACGCAAUACAUGCAAAUUGCAAUUGAAGAAAAAAGUAAAUUAGUACAGAUGCAUUUGCUUAUUUACUGUCAAUCCUGGUUUUGGUUUGAUAUAGUCCUGCAUCCAAACAGCAGCUUAAGCCCUUAAACCCUGUUUUCCUAACGUUCGAAACUUCACACUCGCAAAACCCUAGCAGACUCCAAUUUACUGUUCGGGGCCUGAGAAAUUGCUCGAAAAUCAAUGACAGAAAAUUUGAAGCACUCACUAGAUAGUAUUAGUAGCUCCCAUUCUCCGCAUAGGCCUUCAAAGAUUUCCAAAACCACCGACGAUCUCAGCGACGACGAACAACAACAACAACAACAACAACAACCAGAAUCGAUGAGCCAACGCCCUGGAAUUCAACGGUAUCUACUCGCAAUAGAGUACAUUGGGACUCGCUUCUCGGGGUCUCAGCAACAGUCCAAUUGCCGUACAGUAGUUGGCGUUCUUGAGGAGGCUUUUCACAAAUUUAUUGGCCAGCCGGUUUCAAUGUUCUGUUCAAGUCGAACUGAUGCAGGAGUCCAUGCCUUGUCGAAUGUUUGUCAUGUAGAUGUUGAGCGCAUAAGCAAAAGGAAGCCUGGUGAAGUGUUAGAACCCCAUGAACCUGCAGUAGUCAAAAGAGCUGUGAAUCAUUUCUUACAGAAGAAUGAAGGUGACGUAAUGGUGAUUGAUGUUCGCAGUGUCCCAGCUAAUUUUCAUGCUCGAUAUAAAGCCCAAGAGCGCACGUACUUCUACCGCUUGCUGUCUGGGGCAGAGCCUUUGUCAACCUUUGAAAAAGACCGGGCAUGGCAUGUACCAGAAGAGCUGAAUCUUCGAGCUAUGCAGGAAGCAUGCAAGGUUCUGGUUGGACAUCAUGAUUUUAGUUCCUUUAGGGCAGCAGGUUGUCAGGCCAAAUCACCAAUCAGAACAUUAGAUGAACUUAAUGUGUCUGAGGUAGUGUCAACUCCUUGCUUUCCAUCAAUAAUGGAGAGGAAACAAAACAAUUUAGGAGAAGAUCCUCAUGCUGGCACGAACAAAUCUGAGACUGACCCACCCCCUAGUUUCAAUGGAGGGGCUGAUCUAGGAUUUGGCUUGAGAAAAAAACACCGUUGCUUUGUGGUAACAGCACGAGCACGCGCUUUUCUAUACCACCAGGUUAGACUGCUUGUUGGUGUACUGAAAGCUGUUGGGACUGGAGAUUUAAAAGUACCUGAUGUUGAGAGGAUCUUGAAUGCAAAGACAGUGACUGCUGCUAGUCCCAUGGCGCCUGCUUGUGGUCUAUAUCUUGGACAUGUAAAAUACGAUUUGCCCUGAGAGUAAAACUGUAACUCUGUCAGAUGUUUACGAUGGACUUCUGCGGAAUCUUAAAGAAGACGUGUGAUCAGGGCUUGUGUUCAGGGUAAACAUUCUAUCUUUGAACCAGUUCCACUAUUCUUGGGACGGACACUUGUUCCAAUUCUUCAAAGCCGACAGUAGAUAUUGUUGAUCCAAAUUUCAAGGGUUAUACCCCUGUGCCGAUUCUUCACAGCCUACAGUAGACAUUGGUGAUUCAAAUUUCUCAACUGAGUUUGUAAACACCGGAAGCAUUUGUAAGCAGUAGAUGUCAAUUUAAUGGUUAGAAAUUUGUGAACGAUUGCAUGUAAAGUAUGUUUUAUGUCCCAAAAGUAUGGAUUGCCAUUGCUAAUACUAUCAGCGUCGGUGCAAUAAAGAAACUUGCUGCCUGUUUUGUAUUUCGGUUGCAUGUAAACUUUGUGUUAAGAUCAUCUUGUACACUUUUGUACUAAAAAACCACAGGUGAAGUAACUUAAAUAAGGUUUUAGAACUUUUCA